CUAGCGGAUAAAAGAAGUGGUAGUAAUUUCAAAAUAAAAUAAAGACAGUGACUCAUAAUUACUGUAAAUUACAUUCGAUAACCUUUUUGUGUGAAAAAAAAUCAUGUCAUUUGACAUUUAUUACUUAAAACGUUUAAUUGUAGCGCAUUCCCUCUACAUUAACUCAACUCCACGACGGAAUUAUCUUAAUUUUGUGACUCCACGCCGGUUUCUCCUGUCUGUAGUAUCGAUAGCUUGACGAUCCAUCGGAGCCGGCUGAGGUCCAGAAGUGAAGAAGAUUGUGUUCGAGCCGGCUCCUUUGUCGUCCUCCGGUCCGACUUGUCGUGUGUUCUUUGCGGCUUAGACCGGCUUCCUGCUCCUCCCUCGGUACGGCGGGUGUAUCGUGAGUCCGAACGCCACCAUGGAGAUCGAGAAGGAAGUGAAGAAGAUGACGCUGGGUCACGAGUUCGGCGCUGGAGCGUCCUGCCUGAAGUGCAAAGACAAGUGUGAAGGCUUCGAGCUCCACUUCUGGAGGAAGAUCUGCCGGAACUGCAAAUGUGGUCUGGCGGAGCACAACGUGCAGAUGAACUCAGAGGAGAACAAGAAGGUGGGCAAGUUGUUCGAGGACACCAAGUACACCGGCCUCAUCGCCAAGCUCAAGACAGACGGCGUCUCCGGGUACCGCGGCAACGCCGUCACCAUCACGCUGGCCGGCCCCGCCACUGCCCACGCCGUAGUACUCCCCGCCGUGCCUUCGGCCGCCGCCAUCGUGCCUCCAGCCACUGAUGCUUCUGCCCGGCACACUAAGGGCGUGGCCACCGGAGGCGCGGCCUCUGGGGCCGUGGCUUCUGGGGGCGCGGCCUCAGGAGGUGCAGCCGUAGCGAGGGCAGCGCCCGGCGGUGGGAAGGCUCAACUGGCACCAGCUGGUGUUGCACCGCUCCAAGUGAGCACAGCGACCAUUUGCAUUGGGUCGUCUACCGCUGAUGUCGUGCCCGUUCACAAAGACAUGCCUCUCAAGUCUGUCACGUACGAGUGGGCGCCACCUGUGGCCAACAAAUAUGUGGCGGUGCAAUACAUCCAACUGCUGCCGCCCGAGAAGCGGCCCGUGGCGGGUUCGGAAGGCGCCCUGUACCGCCGCCAGCAGAUGGCCCGCCAGCUGCCCGAACACGACCAGGACCCCGCCAGGUGCCACGACCUGAGCGCGGCCGAGGUCAAGCAGAUGCAGCAGUACGUGCGCAAGUACAAGGACGAGGCCCUGGGCAUCGGAGACGUCAAGAUGCCUGAGGAGAUGGUUCUGGUGCGGGCGGCGGCUCUGGGUGCCGGUGACGCCGCGGGGGCUAAAGAUGGAGCCGCGGCAGGCGGAGUGGGCCCGCAGGCUGCCGGAGCACGAGCGGGGUCCGCGUCCGGAGGGUCCGUUCCUGCCGGAGGAGCCGUGGGCACUGCAGCCACCGCCGGGUUGCAACUAAGUGGAUCAUCGCAGAAAAGCUUUUCAUGCCGCCACUGCCAGCAGCCCAUGCGUGCGGGCGACCCCGCCGUCUACGCCGAGCGUGCGGGCUACGAUACGCUGUGGCACCCGGCGUGCUUCGUGUGCUGCACGUGCGGCGAGCUGCUGGUGGACAUGAUCUACUUCUGGAAGAGAGGCAAGCUCUACUGCGGCCGUCACUACGGCGACAGCGAGAAGCCGCGCUGCGCGGGCUGCGACGAGCUGAUCUUCAGUAACGAGUACACUCAGGCCGAGGGGCAGGACUGGCACCUGAAGCACUUCUGCUGCUUCGACUGCGACCUGGUCCUGGCGGGGGAGACCUACGUGAUGGAGCGCGACAAGCCCGUCUGCACGCCAUGCUACAUGAACAACUACGCUGUGAAAUGCUCGUCCUGCCAGCAGCCGGUGGAACCGGAAGCCCAGCGCGUGUCGUACGGCGAGCACCACUGGCACGCCGAGCCGCACUGCUUCAAGUGCGCCGGCUGCAGCAAGUGUCUGAUUGGCCAGCGCUUCAUGGCGGCGCAGGGACGCCUCUUCUGCUCCGCGGAGUGCAAGAGGAACAGCGCCGCCUAGAGGCUCCUGAAGGUACCACACCUACAAAUCCACUGCACGCACUUCCCACUCCGGCGCUCAUAUUACCGUAAUGCCACCGAUAAAGUGGCAGCACAACUACUGAAUGUCACAUUCCUGCAGAAAUAUGACAAUUUUUCUGGAAUAAAAGUCUGUCAAAAGCAAAUAUGGCUGACAUAAAUCAUCAUGGAAGUCCGAACUAGGGUUUGCAAAAGUAUUGAUUUAUUCCAAACAUGGGGUGUGGAAGUCGCCUCCCAGCAGCUCCACGGCACAAGAGCCCAGCGUGCAGGUUCAACAAGGUUUGAAUCAAAAUGUUUUCUUUCCUACAACACUUUUCUCUCCUAGAACGUGACUUUUCAGCCACGUCCGUAACCUCCGGACUCCUCUGCUCCCGGCCGCUUACUGUUAAAGACAACAGAUGACUAGAUUAACACGUACCACCUGUGAAAUCUAAUCACCUGCCAGCUGUGUCUCGCCGUCAACACAUGCCCCGCCCCUGCCCGAUGGUGCUCGUCCUCAGUACCAUGGACAGCGGCGGUGACUUUUCCUCCUGCAAGCAGCGCUGACUACACCACUUUAGUAUGGGGAACACAUAUUCACCAUUAAUUAGUUGCUUAUUAACAUGCAAAUUAGUAACAUAUUGGCUAAUUAUUAAGUACUUAUUAAUGCCUUAUUAUGCAUGGCCUUAUUAUACAACCAGUAAGCCAUUAACUAAGAGUAUUCCCUCAAUAAUCUCAG